AUGCGUACACCGGUCAACAUGAUUCUGACUGCCAUGGCAUGUUGUGAUACGGUGGUGUUAUUCUCGAAUCUGAUCUACACGACACACUACUCGUUUGUCGCCUUCAAACACUGUCAUCCACGACAUUGGAGUUACGGCUGGGCGUUGUUUUUGAUCGCCCAUGCUCACUUGUCUUUAGUCGGGCACAGUUCAUCGGUGUGGUUAUCAGUUAUGCUCGCUUUGCUACGAUACAUGACUCUGCGAAGUCGGAACACUGCAGGUGCUCAGUACUCACAAACCGAAGCAUGCCGAAUACCACCGCCAGGUCAUGAAGAAUAUAUGGGUGUCAUGAUCCGAGUGGCCGAAAACGCGGCAUAG